UCCUCCUCCUCCUCAUCUAUCACAGCCCUUCGACAUCAGUAAUUCCCAGAACUCGGGAAGCAACUCUUCGGCUCCUGAAAAUUAUUGGGUUUUCAAUUAACUGAACAAAAAUGUUCACUUUUCUAUCAUUACAACCGAACCUCGUACUCUCCCCUUCACCGAACCGGACAGGAACCUCGUACCCUCUCCUUCACCGGACCCAGUUUUCUGGAUUCUCCGACCACAGGCCGUCUCUUCGUGGGUCGCUCCAUGUGACGCGUUCUGGGUUCAUGCCGGGUAUGCUACCCGACCCGGAUGGAGCUGAGGUUGUGAUUAAGGAGUUGUUUGGUAGAGCUGAGAGCAUCCUUUAUACGAUUGCUGAUGCAGCUGUUUCUACGACGGAUACGGUUAAUGCUACCUCCAAACAGAAUACUGAUUGGUUCUCUGGUAUUACCAAUUACAUGGAGAGUGUUCUGAAGGUGUUAAAGGGUGGGCUUUCUACCUUACAUGUCCCGUAUGCUUAUGGGUUUGCUAUAAUUCUGCUCACUGUUCUAGUAAAGGCUGCCACAUUUCCUUUGACCAAGAAACAGGUAGAAUCUGCAAUGGCUAUGCGGUCCUUUCAGCCUCAAGUGAAGGCUAUCCAGCAACGGUAUGCUGGAGAUCAGGAGAAAAUUCAACUUGAAACUGCUCGAUUGUAUAAACUAGCUGGCAUAAAUCCCUUUGCUGGAUGCCUGCCUACACUUGCCACAAUACCUGUAUGGAUUGGUCUAUAUAGAGCCCUAUCAAAUGUAGCUGAUGAGGGGCUUCUCACAGAAGGCUUUUUUUGGAUACCCUCCCUGGCUGGUCCAACCACAAUUGCUUCACGUCAAAGUGGCAGUGGCAUUUCUUGGCUUUUCCCAUUUGUUGAUGGUCAUCCACCACUCGGAUGGUCUGAUACUUCGGCAUACCUAGUCUUGCCAGUGCUGCUGGUUGCCGCACAAUACAUCUCUGUCCAAAUCAUGCAAUCAUCUCAGAGUAAUGAUCCAAGCAUGAAAAAUUCUCAAGCAUUAACGAAGAUCCUUCCUUUGAUGAUUGGUUAUUUUGCUCUUUCAGUUCCCUCUGGUCUAAGCCUCUAUUGGCUCACAAAUAACAUACUGAGCACUGCACAACAAGUAUGGCUUCAGAAAUUAGGGGGCGCAAAGAAUCCUGUGAAGCAGUUAAGUACUGAUAUCAUUGAGCAAGAACAACAGCAGCUUCAGGAGUCUCCGCCUGAAUUAAACUCAACCAAAAGUAUUGCGGGACAAGUAGAGAAGCUGACUUCCGAAGGGCCUCGUCCUGGUGAAAGAUUUAAACAGCUAAAGGAGCAAGAGGCAAGGAGAAGAAAACAAAGAGAGGAAGAGAAGAAACGAGCUGAAGAGGGAGCUAAACCAAGGCAAACAGCAGAUGAGGUGCAAGAGAGAGAAGUCAAUUUACUUGGCAGGGAAAAUGGGGCUGGCGCGGUAGGAUGUACCAUUGUUGAAGAAAAGGGUGAAAAUUUCCAUUCUUUGUCCUCCACCCGAGAUUCCUCCAACGUUGGACCUAUGAAUGGUGAUUUAUCUCGUCAGGACUUGAACGAAGGUCAGACAAAAACUUCCAUGUUGGGGAUGGAAAACAGUGAUAUUGCUGCUAAUCAUGAGUUCAAUAGGACAGAUCAGCCUCAGUCUCAUGACAAUGCAGCAAAGGAAGCAGUUGAAGUACACAUCAGUGUUACCUCUUCAGAAAACAUGCGUUCAGAAGAAGAUACACAGCAAGUUGGAAGUGAGUGAUCCAUGGAAGAGAAUUAUAGUAAUAUGACCACAAUUUGAGAGGCUAAGUUGACUGCUUGAUUCUGUAAGCAUCCCGGCAAAGGUUCAUAAGGGUUAUCAAGGAUUGCCAAUUUGAUUGAACCGAACUUCAUCUCGUGAACCGAGACAUCUCUAUGACUCUAUGGUUCUAGUUACCCAGUAUUUGCCAUGGCACAAAUACUGGAGUCAAUAGCGAUACUGUGAAAGUAGUCCGAUUCAUUGCUGGUUGUCUUCUGUCUGUAUCUCAAUCUUCUCAAUGCUCUGUCUAACAUGUAAAACAGAUAAUAAAGCCGUUUCUUCGCAAGAAUAACUUGUUUCCAUUGUUGUUAAGGCAGCUACAAAUUAUUAUGGUUAAAAGGUGGUGAAAGCUUCUUGGUCCUAGUUACAGAUUUCUGUACAUUUUCAGUUACAUUGAGACCUGCAUUUGGCGUUUUGAUCUUGCAA